CGGACAGUUCCAUCCGUAUAAGCUGCUAUACCGACCUGAGCUGCACAUUAAACGCCUUCCACAAGCAGAACAACUUUAGCUUUGCGCUUUUAACAAUUAAAAACAACCUACCGUUGCACGUAUUUCACGUAUAUCCUUGAAGUCAGUCUGAACAUCUGCGGUAAAGAAGAUUGAAAGCGAGGAGCAGCACGGGUAAAUUAUUGAUUGGGACGGUCCUGCUAUAUAAAGGAGACGCCGCCUGUGUUCAUCUCCUAGUCUUCAAACGCCAAAAUGAAUUACGGAUCCGACAUGUACUCUGCCUCUUCCUACCGGAAGAUUUUCGGGGACUCCACCCGCUACUCUGCCUCUCCAUCCCGACUAAGCAGCUCCCGAAGCGGGUUUAAGUCCCACUCCGUAACUCGCACCAAUGUGCCAAGCUCGUGCAAGCGCUCGAGCCGAUCUACCUUCCCUUCCUCGUCUCGGGAAAGCUUUGAUUUCACCCAAAGUACAGCGAUUAACAAUGAGUUCAAAAUCAUCCGCACGAAUGAGAAGGAGCAGAUGCAAGGGCUCAAUGACCGUUUCGCGAUGUUCAUUGAGAAGGUUCGCAAUCUGGAGCAGCACAACAAAGUGCUGUUAACUGAACUGGUGACCCUGUGCCAGCGCCAGACGGAACCGUCUCGUCUGGCCGAACUGUACCAGCAAGAGAUCCGGGAACUGCGCUCCCAACUCGAGGAACUCAACGCCGAAAAGAACCAGAUGAUGUUCGAACGCGACAACAUUGAAGAUGAUCUCCACAAACUUCAGGAGAAAUUCGAGGAGGAGAUUAGGACGCGCGAGGAGGCUGAGCAAACGCUCAGAGCUUUCAAGAAGGACGUCGACAACGCCACGAUGGUGCGCCUGGACCUCGAGAAAAAGGUUGAGUCACUUUUAGACGAAAUCAACUUCCUGAGGAAGGUGCAUGAAGAAGAGGUGGCUGAGCUCAUCAACAUGAUCCAAUCUAGCCAGGUCUCCAUGGAGAUGGAAGUGGCUAAACAUUUUACCUCCGCGCUAAAGGAGAUUCGCGGCCAGUACGAGGUCGUGGCCACUAAAAACUUGCAAUCUGCCGAAGAGUGGUACAAGUCCAAGUUUGCUGAUCUAAGUGAGCAGGCCAGCAAGAGCAACGAGUUCAUUCGCGCUAGCAGGGAAGAGCUCAACGAGUUCAGAAGGCAGCUGCAGUCCAAGACUAUCGAGAUUGAAAGUCUGAAAGGAACAAAUGAAUCCAUGGAAAGGCAGAUCCGUGAGAUGGAGGAGAUUCAUAAUGCUGAAGUUAUGGGAUACCAGGAUACAAUGGGGCAGUUGGAAAAUGAGCUGAGGUCCAAUAAGAGUGAGAUGGCCCGUCACCUUAGGGAGUAUCAGGACUUGCUGAAUGUCAAGAUGGCACAUGACAUUGAAAUUGCUGCUUACAGGAAACUGUUGGAAGGGGAGGAGACACGUAUUAGCACUGGGAUCACCUACCCCACCCCUUGCCCUGUGUCCAACUACAGCUACCAGUCCUGCAUAUACAGCAGCAGUGUGAGCAGAAAGAAAGAGGUGAAGGAGGACAAUGACAAUCAGCAGAGCAGCAAAUCUGUCAAGGGCUCAUCCCAGUCUGACGACUCCAAGAAGAGUGAGAAGAAUGAUUCUGGAGACAUGAAUCCCACCAGCCAGAAAAACUAAAUGUCUCAUCAUUCCUCUCCAUCUUCUGCAUCCUCCAUUACUCAUUAUCUUUUACCCAGCAAUUUCCCUCCAGAAAGGGGGUCUCACAGAGAAAUCCAGUUUAUCUCAGUCUCAUCUUACUCUUCACUAACGACCAGUCCACAGGGCACAAGUCCCAAGUGUAGCAAACCACUUCACACACCCCUGGUGUCACACUCCAACCCGGUCUGAUGAAUUGCGUAUAAAUAACACGCUGUUGCAUUAUCGUGAAAUACGUACGCCAAAGUUCGAUUUUGCGUGCAUAUGAUACGCCAAUGUUUGCAUGCACCUCGCUGGAGAGCAGCCAUUUUGAAAUGUACAUGAAGAGGAAACACUGAAAUAAAUAAAUAAUACUGUUAGGUUUAGGGUUUGGGUUAGGGGACAGGUUAAUAAGACAAAUUGCCGGUUAAUAUGCACGCGCUCUAAAUUGGCGUAUCAUAUGCACGCAAAAUCAAACUUUGGCGUACGUAUUUCACGAUAAUGCAACGCGCGUGUUAUUUAUAUACAAUUCAUGAGACGGGGCUCCACACUGUGUACUUCCUUAAGUCCAGAUAUUCUUUCUAGAAACAGUUUACUUCACCAAGGCUACACUCAGAUUUCAGUGUUGUGUUGACACUGCACUUUUAACAGGCCUCUCUGCACAUAUAAUGGAUGAAAUGUGUUUGUGGGUUUAAAUGGGCUUUUAUGCAGCAAAAGUUCAGAAUACUCAUCCUGUUAAUUGCAAGUAUUUCAAUCUAGCAAAAAAUACAUGCAGCAACAAUGUUGCUCAUAGUGCAUUUCUGCCGACAGAGAACAUACAAGCUUUAAGGUAACAGUACAGAAUGCUUAACCAAUUAAAGUCCAGUCAACAGGCAAAUUCUUCUCCAAGACUGCCCUUUUAAAUGUCAAGGGUUCAAGCAUUUGAACACUACAUGAGGUGUAUCUACUGUUUGCAUGGUUAUUUUAGCGGGCCAUCAAGCAAUCUUUCAUUUUUAGGAAAUAAGAGCAGACAAUCCACUGCUAUCAUAGCGGUGCAUGUGCCAUCCCUCUUACGUUGACUACAUUAGCUUGAUAACAAAUGGAGUAUCUGAUGAGGAAGUGGGAUGCAGAAGGUAAUGUUAUGUAGAAGCCGUUCACGUGCUGCUUGUGAUAUUCUAAUAAUAGUUCAAUAAUAGCCGAUAUCAUAUAAAUUCAGGGUACAUACAAUACUCUAUCAACACUAAUUGAUUCAUAUUAAUUAAUAGUGAAAUGAUUUUGCUCAUAAUGUAGAAAAGGAAAGAGAAAACAUGAUGAAACGGUGUGUAUGGUAUGAAACGUGUAUUUGUGUUUGGAGAAAAGGGCCGCUUUGAGCAAACCUUAAGCUUUACCUGCUGUCCCUGAGUUUGUCCAAAGCACAGAAUUUGUUGCGUUUGAUAAGAAGAGUUUACAGAGACUUACUUACCACAAUCACCAGAUCUCAUCUACUCUUUGACAGACCUCCACAAACCAUGCGUCAACAAUGAAUCCUUUGUUAACUUUGUAACUUUUAAGAUUAAAUGCUUGUGAAUUUCCAUAUCACCACCUGUCACACUGCCAGGUUUUGAUACCACUUGCCUCUGUAUUUGUACUGGCUUUAUUAAGCCUGACUUGCUGAACUCUCUCUCUGUGAACAGACUAAGCAGAAAGAUAUGGUUUGACAUUAUCGCUGAAAUUAUCUUAAACUUAAGACUUAAGUAUUUCAGAGAGUUUCUUCUCUGUUUGAAUUCCUUUUUCCAAUAACACUGUGAUGUUGGUAUAUGAUAAACCGCAGGACAAUUUUACGCAAAUUUUGAGCCUUGUCUUUGACAAACACUUUUGUAAAAGAAUAGACUGAUUUCACACCGCCGCCAUGUUGAAAUUGAAAGAGAGGCAGCGGUGGGAAGAAAAGUGGAAAGACAGACUGCAAUGAUUUGGACAACCAACCUCGAGUUAUUAAAAGAUUUUUGAUCUUAAAUGUGACAAGAUAAGCAUAGGAUGCAUGUCACACAAGAUGUUUUACUUGACCACUUAAGCCGUACCAUCCUAUAUUAGUGACUGUUUAAACUGCCAUAAAUGGGUUUCAUUCGCACACACAGCCAACCUAACGUUGUUUUUAAAUGCAUACUUUGUUUAUUCAUGUCACAGACACCCAAUGUUAGUCCAAACCAUUGUAAUCUAUCUGUCCUUCCUGUUUUCUUCCCACCUCUGCCUCGAUUUCAACAUGGCAGUGGAGUUGAAUCAGUCUAUAGCAACAUAUACUGUAUGUCAGUUUGAAGCAGAAAAAAAGUGUGUAGGGGCCACUGUGUACUGGAUGACUGAAAACGUUAGGAGCUGAAUGUAGUUGAUGUAGUUUCAAUUGAGCUGUUAUCUACUGCUGUAUGGCACAUGACUUGACAAAUAAAGAC